GCAAAAGGCAAGAAAUAAUCCAUAUAUAAUACAAGCUACAGAAUUUGCCAAAAUAUUGUUAGAUGGAUGUGCAAUCACAAAUCCUACUCCUUCAAAUAGCCUGAAAGAUCCCUCAUCUGAUUCAAGUAGCACAUCUUUAGAAGAACAAAUAGAAGAAAUUUUAUCUUCAUUCAUUAAAGAAAACAUUGAAGAGCUAUCAGGUUCAGAGAAUAAUUGGAACACGUCUAAAAACUCUGACUACAAACUAGAAUAA